AUCUGCACUCCAGCACGCAGAUCUAACCUACAAAAUGUACGGACAGAACCAAGGAAACCAGUACCCUCCAGGUUAUCCAAACCAGGCCCAGCAGAUGCCAGGGGGAUACCCUCCAGGCACUGUCCCACGACCCAACUACCCUCCUCAGCCCUACGGUCCACAUGGAGGCCAACAGGGACACGGACUUGGACCUGGUUAUGGUCAGGGCCAGGGACAGGGAUACAGACCUGGACCUGGUUAUGGUCAGGGCCAAGGACAGGGACAUGGACCUGGUUAUGGUCCGGGCCAAGGACAGGGAUAUGGACCUGGACCUGGUUAUGGUCCGAGCCAAGGACAGGGAUAUGGACCUGGACCUGGUUAUGGAAACGGCCAAGGACAUGGACCGGGCCAUGGCGAGGGACACGGACAAAGCCAUGGACACGGCCACAAGCACAGGCGGAGGCACAGGAACGGUCACAGGCACGAGCGAUGUCACAAGAAAGGAAAGCACUCUCGGGGGUCCUCCAGCAGUUCCUGCAGCAGCGACUCGGACUAGGUGAAGAUUCCUGGAACAGGAGGAGAAACAAGACAAGAUGGCACCUGGAAACCUUCAUCCUUCUACUAUAUAUCAUAAUCAAUAUGUUACUGCCUAGAUGUUUAUUCACAUAUACUCCUUGACAAAUGAUUGGUAUCGAACACCUACAUUGACUCCAAAAAGUAUUCAGAGUCUGGCUCUCUCCUGACACCCAUCCAGGAUCCAACAAUGCUGGAUGUUUGAAAAUAAUUUUACAUUAGCCAUGGUAUGACCUGUUGACGUAUGAUAGAUAUGCUGCAAUUAAGCUUCUUCUGACAUUUCAUAACUUUGUUACACGAGACACACUUCAGAAAUGAUUGUAUGCAUGAUUGUGUUUGUGAGAAUAAAGUGCUUUCUGUGUACGAUACAGCUAGUAAAGUAACAAUGCAAUGUCUUGCUUUUUUUUAUUUGA